UCGGUGGCGACAUGUCGAAGAGCCGAAUGAAUUAUGUGAGAAUCAAACGGUCCGUGUAGCUGUUCCCGCUUUUAACUGUGAGGUUUUAGUGCAUAUCUAGCUCAUAUCUCCUCUACUUGUUCGUUUUGGCCCAUUAAGGGGAGGAUGAGUGCGGAGGCGGCGGACCGGGUAGCUGCUGUGACCAGCAGUCGGCCCAGCACACCUCUUCAGACUUCUUGGUUUGAGUUCCUCCUGGAUGGCAGCCUGCUGGAGAAACACCUGGAGAGCUCAAACGCAGACCCGGCACCAGUGCAGCUGAUCAUCCAGUUCCUGGAGCAGGCGUCCAAGCCCUCAGUGAACGAGCAGAAUCAAGUGCAGCCUCCAGCAGACAACCGCAGGAACCGCACCCUGAAGCUGCUGGCACUGAAAGUAGCUGCGUACAUGAAGUGGGAUCUGGAUGCUCUUGAGAAAGGUUUGACCAUUCCAGUAUUAAAUAUGUUACUGAACGAGCUGCUGUGUGUGAGCAAAGUGCCGCCAGGGGUGAAACACGUGGACCUGGACCUUUCCACUCUGCCCCCUACCACAGCCAUGGCUGUCGUCAUAUACAACCGCUGGGCGAUCCGAACCAUCGUGCUGAGCAGCUUCCCAGAGAAACAGACCAAACCAGGACCUCACCAGAUGAACAUGUUAAGUAUUGUGCAGCAGGAGAAAGAGAUGACUGAUAACAUCCUGACUGUGCUGAAAGAGCAGGCGACCGACUCCAUCAGUGUCCUGGAAGGAGCUCUGCAGCUGAAGAAGGACUUCUACGUUCACACCCUGAGGACUCUGGAUCUGCUGGCUGCUGAUGCUGCUGCCAACGGGGAGACCGAGUCCUCGACUGCAGGACUUCGCAUCAGUGCCGACGAGCUGCACUGUCAGGUGCAUUAUGAUGUAGGAUGUAUUUUCUUCCAGCAAGGCUGCACAGACCAGCCAGCCUAUCAGAAAGCCCGGGAUCACUUCAGACAGACAAAGGAACUGUUAAAGAAGCUGGACUCGACUGUCCACGUUCACCUGGAUGAGAAACGUCUGGCUGGCUACUGGAACGCCUGCAAAGCUUUGACUCAAGACUGUGACUCAGACUCCCAGACUACACCCUACGAUCAGAUCAACAGUCUGAUCCGGGCGCACAGCUACCAGGCUGUCAUUGAAGCCUUCAUCAAAGACAACGUGUCCCGUGUUUUGCCAAACAACUUCAGACGCUCUGUUCUCAGGGAGUUCCUCUACAAAGUCCAACUAGGGGAGUCGGGUCUGGAUGAGGUUUGCCACAAGCUGUGUGUUUGCAACGCCGUCCGAGAUGCUUUGGAAGGAGAAGUUCUCAGUGUGCAUUUCCAGCAGCUCCUCCUCAAACCCAGUAGAAGGACUGUCGACUUCAUUUUAGAGGUGUGCACACUUUCGCUGGAGAAGGACCGUCCGUCUGAAACAUCAAGGAAACACAUGGCCAAUUUUAUGAAGACUCUGUGUGAAAGCUUAGAGGAGCUGCCUCUGCUGUUUGUGGUGUCGUCUCAUAAACUCUUCAUGGACCUGUUGAAGGAGGAAGAGAGGAAGGUCCUGAUGGAGCAGAUGAGGAAGAGGUCGGCCACAAUCAACCUCAGCGCCAAGCCUCUGCCUUCUUUCUACGACAUUCCAGCUUCAGCGAGUGUGAACAUUGGGCAGCUGGAGCAGCAGCUCAUCCUCUUACUGGAGCCGCGAAGGAUCAGACAGAUCCUCAUUGAACUCCACGGCAUGGCCGAACGACCCUACUGGAGGGUCAACAGUAAGUGGGAAGUUCCUCCAGACUACAUUAACGUGAUCCUCAGCAUUAAAGACAACCUGACAAAGGACCUGGUUUACAUCCUCAUGGCCAAAGGACUCCACUGCAUAUCAAUAAAGGACUUUGCCCAUGCACGGCAGCUUUUCUCAGCCUGCCUGGAGCUCGUCACUGAGUUCUCCCCGAAGCUGAGGCAGAUUAUGCUGAAUGAGAUGCUGCUGCUGGAGGUCCGCGCACACGAGACGAUGGCGGCAGAGGGCAGCAAGGAGCGACCGCCCCCCGACCUGGUCAGCAGGGUCAGAGGAUACCUGGAGAUGAGGAUUCACGAUCUGCCUCUGCGUCAGGUGGUGGGAGAGGAGUGUGUCGCCUUCAUGUUGAACUGGAGGGAGAACGAUUACCUGACUCUGCAGGUGCCUCCAUCUCUGGUGAUGAACAACCCGUACAUCAAGCUCGGUCAGCUCCUGGCUUCAACAUGCAAAGAGCUCCCAGGUCCUAAAGAGUGUCGCCGCACAGCCAAGGAGCUGUGGGAUGUGGUGGUGCAGAUCUGCAGCGUGUCCAUCCAGCACAAGAGGAACAACGACGGCAGAGUGGGCCUCAUUAAACACAGAGAGUCCUCCAUGGGCAUCCUGCACCGGAGCAAAUUCAUCACUUUCAUCAAGAAACUUAGAGAGCCGUUGGUGCUGACAACGCUCAUCUCACUGUUUGUGAGGCUCCACAGUAUUGUGCGGGAUGAUAUUGUAAAUGAAGUGACAGCAGAACACCUCACCAUCUGGCCGUCUACUCUUCCAAAGUUUGUGGAACCUUUUUGUCUGUCUCUGUCCAUAGUGACCAAUCAAUACUCUGCUGCACUGAACCUUUACCUCCAGGCUGGAGCUGUGAGCUCAGACUUCUUCACCAAAGCUGUUCCCCCUGAUGUUUACACUGACCAGGUCCUGAAGAGGAUGAUCAAGUGCUGUUCAAUGAUGAACUGCCACACACAGGUUGCUGUUCUCUGUCAGUUUCUUCGAGAGGUGGACUACAUGACGGCGUUUAAAGCUCUUCAAGAACAGAACAGUCAUGAUGCCAUGGACUCGUUCUACGACUACAUCUGGGACGUCACCAUCCUGGAAUACCUCACACAUAUUCACCACAAACGAGGAGAGACUGAGAAGAGACAAAUAGCGGUAAAAGCGAUCGGACAGGCAGAGCUGAACACCAGUAACCCAGAGGAAGUGCUGCAGCUGGCUGCACAGAAAAGGAAGAAGAGAUUCCUGCAGGCGAUGGCCAAACUGUAUUUCUAGGACACACGUGAACCACUGUCAGACUUUUGGGGGGGUUGGGAAUGUAUAUUUUAUUUUGUGGUAGAAAAUAAUUUCUAAAUAAAUACAGUUGCUCAUUUGUA